AUGGAAGUCAUAGAGCAAAAUAAGCAGUUGUUUAAUUUUUACACAGGCUUUGAUCUUGAUGUUUUCAACUCACUAUUUACAUAUUUACAACGAAAAGCUUCAUCUAUGCAGUACUUCCAUGGUGAAAGAACAACUUAUGUCCAACCAUUUAAUCUGGAUGGCUAUGGUGUGAAGAGAAAGCCUGGCGUUUCUAGACAACUCAUUCUGCGAGAGGAAUUCUUCAGUGUUUUGUAUCGUUUACAGACGGGACACUUACUUGACGAAUGCAGUAUUCGCUUUGGUUUGAGCUCCAGUCAGUUCUCUAGGAAUUUCACAACCUGGAUCAAUCUCUUAUCUGUUGAACUGGAACUUUUGUGUAAAAACGCAGAGCCAGAUGAUGAUGUUGGACUUGCAAGUUGCUUCAAACCAUUUUCAAACUUGAGAGUUAUUCUGGACUGUACAGAACUGUUCAGUGAGACACCUUCCAGUGUGGAGUACCAUAAACAGACUCACAGCAAUUACAAACAUCAUUCUACAAUUAAAUUUCUGGUGGGUAUCCAUCCCUCAGGGGCCGUGACAUAUAUUUCUAAAUCUUAUCCUGGAAAAUCGUCUGACAAACAAAUUACUCAAGAGAGUCAAGAUCUUCUGGACUCCAUGGAACCAGGUCAGAAAGUUAUGGUUGACAGAGGAUUCACCAUUGAAGAGGACCUCCCGUACGGCGUCAAGUUAGUAAUCCCAUCCUUCAAAGGUUCAAACCGACAACAGAUUACUGCAAAUGAAUUAGCUAAGUCAAAGGUUAUUUCAAGGGCGCGAGUUCACGUGGAAAGAUGUAUGCGGAUGAUCAAGUCUUUUAAUAUCUUAAGACAAGAACUCAAACUCUCACAAGUUGAUGUUUAUGAGCAAAUAUUCAAAACAUGUGCUUAUCUUGUGAAUUUUCAAAAUCCGUAUUUAAAGUCUGAUGAUAAUUAA